UCUAUUUACUUCCGGCUUUGAAAGACACAUGGUUUUCUAUAUAUUUAUUUAAAUAAAUCAGCAUCUAAAUAGCUUCUGUUUGUGGAAAUCUGACAGAUGAAAAGUUUCUUUUCACGAAUAAUUUUGGGGCGACUGUUCAGACCUGUCAUUGUACGCAAGCCGCCUAGUUCAACAGUGAACGUUAAAAACAUUUCAAAGAAAAAAAUAAGUCUAAGAACAGGUAUCUUACCGUUACAGUACACACAUAUUUUAACGUAUCAGUUUAAAUUCAGAGCUGUAAAUCCAACAGUUAUGGCAGAACCAAAUAAUGCUUUGAUACCUCCAUCAUGUGUUCGUGGUAUGAAAGUCUUGGAUAAGUUGAAGUUUGAUACAAUAGUUUCAGUGCGCGCUCUUAUAGUCGAGGCCAAACAGUUGUCAAAGGUGCUUAAAUGCAUAAAGAAAUACAUGUUGAAAAUGCCAAAAGUAAAUUCAAUUGUUGACGUUAAAGAGAAUGAUCCAUGCUUCAAAGCGAAUAAACUUGUGUUACUGGAUUCUGGUGAAAUACAGCAAUGGGACGAUUUUGAUGUUAGUGACCAAGAAUUUCUUUCUAAAGAAAAUCUGAAUUCAGAAAAUCUAAAAACUUUUGAUCUUGCACUGACCUAUGACAAUUGGAACUUCUCGGAGAUCAUGACAGCCAUACUGCCACAGGAUUCUUAUGGUGUAUCAGGCUUUGAAGAAGUUGGUCACAUUGCACACUUCAACUUGAGGGAGAAGAAUUUACCAUACAAAAACAUAAUUGGUGAGGUUCUCCUUGACAAGAAAAAGCAUUUAAAAACGGUUGUGAACAAACUUGAUACAAUUGAUUCCACCUUCAGAACGUUUCAAAUGGAACUGUUGGCUGGGGAGGGAAAUUUUGUUACGCAGACCAAGGAGAAUGGUGUUACGUUUGAGUUGGAUUAUUCUAAAGUAUAUUGGAACUCCAGGCUUGGUACAGAGCAUGAACGGAUUGUGAAGAUGGUAGAGGUGGGUGAUGUGGUAUUUGAUGUGUUCGCUGGUAUCGGACCCUUUGCUGUGCCUGCUGCAAGAAAGAGAGUCACUGUGUUUGCUAAUGACCUCAACCCACACUCUUAUGAAUAUCUCGUCAAAAACACUAAACUUAACAAAUGCAAGGACAGCAUAAAGUGCUAUAACCUUGAUGGAAGAGAAUUUAUAUAUGAUAUAGUAAAAAAUGAAUUAAUUCAAAUAUACACAUCUUUAAAAAAUGACCCUUCAGAAUCCAGUGGCAAAAUCGGUAUAUCUGUAAUAAUGAACCUUCCAGCAUUGGCGUACACAUUUCUCAAUGCUUUUGAUGGUCUGCUAUCAAGUUCAGGCAUCACAGUUCCCAAUACGGGACCUUUACCUAGAGUUCACUGUUACUGUUUUACUGAUAUUGAAGAAGCUAAAAAGAGUUGGGAUGGAGAUAUGGUGAAGGAGGUAAAACAGAGAACCCUGAAAAUGCUUGGUGGGCUGGUAGAGGAUGAUAUAACAGUACGACAGGUGAGGAACGUGGCCCCACAGAAGGAAAUGAUGUGCAUCACUUUCUCCUUGACUCCCGAUGUUCUGAUGGAACAGAGAAUCUCUAGUGAGACAAGAGAGGGUACAGAUCAUGGUGCACCAGCACCAAAGAUGGCUCGACUAGACACCUAAUCUCAGGACGAAAAGGGCUUUUAUUGACUGAAUUGAUUUUGUAGAGGAAUUUUAAAAAAUGAUACAAUUAAACUGG